CGCAUCAUGGAUGUCGGGCUCUCCUAUUUCGCUUUGCUCGCCUUAGAAUUCGAGACUCCAGACGAGGACCAGGAUUCAUGAGCCGGUCGCAGGGGCCCAGGCAGGGGCCUCUGGCUCCCGACGCUGGCCGAGAGGUGAUGAGUGAGGUCGGAAGAUCGCAAGAUUUAAAAAAGCAACCGGGUCCUCCGUAUUGAAUGAAAGACCCAGUGCAAAGGCAUCACCAUGAACACGAGCAUUCCUUAUCAGCAGAAUCCUUACAAUCCCCGAGGCAGCUCCAAUGUCAUCCAGUGCUACCGGUGUGGAGACACCUGCAAAGGGGAAGUGGUCCGUGUCCACAAUAACCACUUCCACAUCAGAUGCUUCACCUGUCAAGUGUGUGGCUGUGGCCUGGCCCAGUCGGGCUUCUUCUUCAAGAACCAGGAGUACAUCUGCACCCAGGACUACCAGCAGCUCUACGGCACCCGCUGCGACAGCUGCAGGGACUUCAUCACCGGCGAGGUCAUCUCUGCCCUGGGCCGCACCUACCACCCCAAGUGCUUCGUGUGCAGCUUGUGCAGGAAGCCUUUCCCCAUUGGAGACAAGGUGACCUUCAGCGGGAAGGAAUGUGUGUGUCAGACAUGCUCCCAGUCCAUGACCAGCAGUAAGCCCAUCAAGAUCCGCGGACCAAGCCACUGCGCUGGGUGCAAGGAGGAGAUCAAGCACGGCCAGUCGCUCCUGGCGCUGGACAAGCAAUGGCAUGUCAGCUGCUUCAAGUGCCAGACCUGCAGUGUCAUUCUCACCGGGGAGUACAUCAGCAAGGAUGGCAUUCCGUACUGCGAGUCCGACUACCACUCCCAGUUUGGCAUUAAAUGCGAGACUUGUGACCGAUACAUCAGCGGCAGGGUCUUGGAGGCAGGAGGGAAGCACUACCACCCGACCUGUGCCCGGUGCGUCCGCUGUCACCAGAUGUUCACGGAAGGAGAGGAGAUGUACCUCACAGGUUCUGAGGUUUGGCACCCCAUCUGCAAACAGGCAGCCCGGGCAGAGAAGAAGUUAAAGCAUAGGCGGACGUCCGAAACUUCCAUCUCACCCCCUGGAUCCAGCAUUGGGUCACCCAACCGAGUCAUCUGCGACAUCUACGAGAACCUGGACCUCCGACAGAGAAGGGCCUCCAGCCCAGGAUACAUCGACUCCCCCACCUACAGCCGGCAGGGCAUGUCCCCCACCUUUUCCCGCUCGCCUCAUCACUACUACCGCUCCGGGCCCGAGAGUGGCCGGAGCUCUCCAUACCAUAGCCAGUUAGAUGUGAGGUCCUCCACUCCGACCUCUUACCAGGCUCCCAAGCACUUUCACAUCCCAGCUGGAGAAAGUAACAUCUACCGGAAACCCCCGAUCUACAAACGGCAUGGUGAUCUGUCAACAGCAACCAAGAGCAAAACAAGUGAAGACAUCAGCCAGGCCUCCAAGUACAGUCCAGCCUACUCACCGGACCCCUACUAUGCUGCAGAGUCCGAGUUCUGGACCUACCAUGGGUCCCCCAAAGUGCCCCGAGCCAGAAGGUUCUCAUCUGGAGGAGAGGAGGACGAUUUUGACCGCAGCAUGCAUAAGCUCCAGAGCGGAAUCGGCCGCCUGAUUCUGAAGGAGGAGAUGAAGGCCCGGUCCAGCUCCUACGCGGAUCCCUGGACCCCACCCCGGAGCUCCACCAGCAGCCGGGAGGCCCUGCACACAGCUGGCUAUGAGAUGUCCCUCAAUGGCUCCCCUCGGUCCCACUACCUGGCUGACAGCGAUCCCCUCAUCUCCAAAUCCGCCUCCCUGCCUGCCUACCGAAGGAACGGGCUGCACAGGACACCCAGUGCAGACCUCUUCCACUAUGACAGCAUGAACGCCGUCAACUGGGGCAUGCGAGAGUACAAGAUCUACCCUUAUGAGCUGCUGCUGGUGACCACAAGAGGAAGAAAUCGGCUGCCCAAGGAUGUGGACCGGACACGUUUAGAGCGCCACCUGUCCCAGGAGGAGUUCUACCAGGUCUUCGGCAUGACCAUCUCCGAGUUUGACCGGCUGGCCCUCUGGAAGAGGAACGAACUGAAGAAGCAGGCCCGGCUGUUCUAGGCAGGGGCUCUAUAAAUAUAUAUGCAUUUAUAUAAAGAUAUAUGUAAAAUCUCUAUCCUGAAGCUCGGUAUAAUCCUCUCUUGUGUAACAGGACACACUGCCUGCCAUGAGACUUGCUUUUCUGUACUGUCAGGCAAGCCCACGUCAUCGAGAUAUUUUUAUGCUCCUUACUUUAUCUUUUCUAAGUGCUCUGGGGUUUGGGAAGGGAUUUGAGGAGACUCCCAUCCUUUUACUGGGGAUCCUUUUUAUACUGAAACAUCUGUCCUAACCUGAGUCCCCCAAGGUCCAACUCUCUUUCCUAAAGGAGGUGCCUGAAGAAGUCUCUCUUCUCUCUGCUUCUCGGCUCUUUCCCCAGUCUCCAGAGUGGAUGCUGACCAUGCAGUUUUCACACCGUACUGGCCCCAGAGGGGCCCUCACACGGGAGGAUCCACAGCGAUCUCCCAAAGUCACUGAGCACCUUUGAGAGCCCGUGAAAAAUUUUCUCAUCUCCCGCAGUUAGGAGUUCAGUGCUCUCUGGGGGGUGAUGCACUUUGCCGUGGGGGCCUCGGAUCUACUCAAUACAGCAGCAAACAGAAGUGGCUAGGGCCUUGGCCUCUCUGAAGCUCCUCAGUCCUCCUCCUUCUGCCCUGGAUCCUAACCUCUCCCUUGUCCAAGUCUCAUGGUAGGAGAAGACAAGGCACUUCCCUUCCCCCCACCACUUCCAACUGGCCCCUUUGCCUGGCCCCGACAUGGAGACAAGGGAAGGCAUGGGAGCUGGCAGCAGGGGCCAGAGCAGGGCACCUGUUAGCACUGGAGCUGCAGGACCUCUUGGAACCCUCCGCUUGCCCUCACUGCUCCCAGCACCUCCUGACCCUUCCGCCCCACUUUGGAGGAGAGGCCCAUUAUUACAGCCCAUAUUCUUCAGCCUUACUACGAUCUAUGUGCCUGACAACUCAACACACCACAGGGCUAACGUUCCCAUCAUAGCUCCAACAGAACAACUAGACAGACAACCUCUAACACCCCUCUAAACAUAAUACAGGCCACGUCCCAAAGAAAGCUUCCUGGUCUAUGCCCGCUGGUCCCUGAGCUAGAAGGGCAACUGAACCAGUCCCCCACCAGUCAUCAGCUCCCACUUCAAAGUUGGCCGUGUUUCAUAGGGGAAACCUUUGGAAGAAUGGCUGCUUAUGGAAUUCCAAAAUGAAGCAGUGGCCAACACUGCUCAUGAUCACCCUGGUUUUCCCCGGUGGCUGCUUUCCUGCCCUCUUGCCUUCUUGAACAGGGAUGAAAGCUUGACGUUAACUUCUCUCCUCCCUUCCCCAAACCUUUGACCCCCAGUUGGUGAUGUUUGGUGGGGUCUGUUCCUUCUUGGAGAUGCCUUGAUAUAGAUCAUUUUAAGGUCAUAGAGGGAAGAUGAAGAAGUGGAAAUAUGGAAAUAACCAUUAGGACUCUCAAGAGGCUGGUGAUGUAACGUGGCAAACAGAGAACAGAUUCCAAUCCAGCAAACCCUCACUGAGCACCUGCCGAUGCUGAGCACCUGCUGUAUCCUGAGCACUGAAUGGGGGAGGGAGAUGGGGACACUGAGAUGAUCAACACAGGAUCUGGGCUGGGGGGCAUGCCUGCUAACCCUGGGUGUCGUCAGGCAUGGACUCACACAUGAUGGAUGCAAGGCAGGAAGUGAUGGGAGGUGGCAUGAGAACGUGUUUGUGAAAUUACUGAGAAAGCAGAUGCAAGUUGGUGCAGACCAAGGAACACUUUCUGGAAGAGAUUGCAUUUGAGCAAAGUUCAGGAAGGAUCUUUGUAAACUGAAAGGAGACUGUAACUUGAAAGGGUGAUAGGAUGAGGGGCCAGAAGGAGGUCUAAUAUACUCUCAUUUAAAACAUCAACCCUCUCUGCAACUCUCUUUUUGGCCAGUGUCUUUCAACUGUCCUGACCCCUUAGAAAUGUCCCCAGCCAGACGCAAUCAUCAAAACUGCCUCAUUUUCACUGGUUGAGAACUUGGCAAGAUGAAGGGCUUUUGUUAUUGUUGUUGGGUAUUUUUGUUUCCCAUAAAAGCACAUAAUUUCAACCCAGACCCGUGUCCUUCUGUUGUUUCUGAUGUGAGUGGAAAUGCGUGAUAUGGGAAGAGGCUGAACUGUGCACAUUUUCCAAAAUAAAAGAGUCUAG